AUGACUUCUUUAUUUCCAGACCAGCCAGCGAAAGAAAGCACUCCUGGGCAGGAGGGGCAGGCCUUGGAGAAAGGCUUGGCUUUGGAACCCAACGAUGUCAGGAACCCCUCUCUUGAUGACUCUUCCGUUGACGGGUCAAACUUGGUUCGAGCUCAACUUGGGCUCGACUCACUCAAUCCAGACUUUUCACUUCCGCAAUACCUAUUGUCUCGUCAGAUAGACGUCGCCUUCCAAUCUCCGUUUACCUGGUCGACCAAGAAAAAAAUCAUCAUUCUCUCAGGAACCUUUAUGGCUUCCAUGCUUGCCGCUUACUCUGCCGGUGCUUACGCCCUUGCUUCAGAACCGCUGAGGCACAAGUGGAAUGUCGGCGACACGGCGUUCAACGCAGGUAUUACCUUGUUUGUGGGCGGCUUUGGUUGUACGCCAAUGAUCCUCGCGCCCGUGAGCGAACUGCACGGUCGAUAUUGGGUCUUUGUUGGUUCUGGAGUUGUCUUCUUUCUUGGUACCCUAGGAUGCGCACUCACGGAUAGUUACCCGAGAAUGUUGGUCUCCCGGUUCAUCACUGGAUGUGGUGCUGCAGUCUUUGCGACGCUUACGGGCGGUGUGGUGAGUGACCUCUACCGCAAAGAAGAUCGCAACACACCUAUGGCGCUCUACUCGCUCUCUAUCAUGGUCGGCACAGGCUUUGGGCCACUGGUCAGUGGAAUCGCCGUCGAUCAUUUGGGGUGGAGAUGGAUCUUUUAUCUUCAACUCAUCGCCAUCGGAGCCACGACUGGAGUUCUCUUCCUCUUCUUCGGAGAGACGCGAAGCAACGUGCUCUUGCGGAGAAUGUGCAAAGAGCUCAACACCAUGCAGUACGAAACAGCAACCGGAGCGACUGUGCAAUUCUCUCCCUCUGUCGCAGAAGCCCUGCACCUGGACAUCAGCAUUAUCUGGCGAAGCUUUGCGUUUCCCCUUAAGCUGCUCGUCACUGAGUCUGUUGUGUUUUGGUUCUCCGUCUGGGCUUCGUUCGCUUGGGCUAUUCUGUACAUGCAGUUCAGCAGCAUAGGAAUCGUUUUUAGAGGUGUGUACGGCUUCAACAGCACCCAAGUGGGAGCGGUUUACACGGCGGUCAUUGUUGGAUCAAUCCUCAGUAUCUUUUUGGCACUCAUCCAAGAGCCCAUUGUUCGGCGCGUCUUCCCUCACAAGACUCCAUCAAGCACCCCAGAGCAGCGCCUCUUCUCUCCCUGCGUGCAAUCAAUCUUGCUGCCCAUCGGCCUAUUCUGGUUCGGAUUCAGUGCCAAGACUAGUGUAUCUUGGGUUUCACCAGCACUGGCCGUGGGUUCCUGCACAAUGGGAAUUUUUAGCAUUUAUCUGGCCGUUUUCAAUUACCUGGCCGACACCUAUCAUCAAUACGCCUCCUCAGCCCUGGCAGCACAGAGUCUCUGCCGGAAUCUAUUGGGAGGAGUGUUUCCGCUUAUCACAGCGCGUAUGAUCUCAAGCUUGACCUUGGGAGGUACAGGAGGUUUGCUCGGUGGUCUUGGAUUGCUAUUGACAUCUAUUCCCUGGUUAUUGUAUUUCUUUGGUCGCAAGAUUCGGUCGCGGAGUCCGUUUGCCAGAGAGAUGGAGCAUUGA